AGGAGUCUUGCUUUAGUUGUCCGUGUCAUGCGGCUUAGUAUGAUGCAUAUUACUGAGACUUUUUUCAUUUCUAAUUAAAUGUAAAAUUAUUUUUGCUCAUUGAAAAAACAUUUAGCUAAGAUUAUUUAUACUAGCUCAAGAUUUCGUUGCGAAUCAAGAACGGGAAGAAACAUUUUGCAGAGCCAUCCUAUAAGAGGUGUCCGGCAACCGCAUGGAACACGAAAACGCGUCAUCAGCGGAAAAGAAACUUUUUUCUUUUUUCAAUCAAGGAGCAAGUAGCUCAAAGCACAAGAAUGCCUAUCAAACAUUAAAUAGUCAAAAGCACCUUGAAGGUUUGGCGUUAAGUCGUGGGUUGGAUGACAUCAAAGCUAUGUCAGUUGCCAGCCUUUACGAGGGAGAUGGGGAUGGAGCCAUCGACAUGAAUACCCUCAGAUCAGAUGAUACCAAAUCAAUUGCGUCAAACACGAAUCUCAACAGUGAUACCAAAAAGACUCAUGUCACAAUGACGGAUUAUCCAAAGGAAGAACCAGUCCUGCGAAACGUUACCUCUAGUGAAGACUGCCCCUGCAACCCGUACGGGGAAACUCCCUCAGUUAAUAACUCGCUCUAUUUCGCCGAUGGUGUCAAAUCGGUUGAUUUUGUACUGGUAUGGAAAACUGCUUUAGAAGAAGAAUCUCAUUUAGAAUCAACACGAGAGGCGAAGCGCUCUACCUUUGAGCAGCACCUCAUCCGUGAUGGUCUCGAAUUGGAACGAGAAGUGAUAGAAAAUGAAAUACAUUUCAUCAAGAUUCAUGCACCGUUGGAAGUGUUACGAAGGUACAGCGAAAUAUUGAAGCUUCGAAUGCCUAUGAAAGAGUCGCUAUGCACUGUGCAGAACUCUGGUAAAUUGAGUAGGUUGGCGAGUGCAGCACAAUUUAUCUCUCAUAAGAUACCCGGCAUGGCUGGUGUUAGGACCCGCACUACAACAAUUCUAUCUCGACUGAAAGGAUUUGCUGGAAAAUUAGCUCGCUACAUUUUGGUAGACGAGAAAUUUUUUCCACCUCGGUCCCAUCGAUUUACGGCAGUGUACAGCCGUGAUAAAGAAUACCUUUUUGAUUUAAAACAAGCAUGUUUUUUCACGGCCGCUGUUCGUUCACGUAUAGUUCAAUUCAUCCUAGAUCGAAAGCGAUUUUCAGAUGACUCACGGAACGAUUAUGCUUUUGGAAUAGAGCGUUUAAUAACUGAUGAAGUGUACAUCGCUGCAUAUCCAUUGCAUGAUGGAGAAAUCAAUGUUCCCGGCAGUAUGAGACACCUUCUGUAUACUAAAUGGGCUGCAGUUUCGAAGUGGUACCGGUAUCAACCGUUAGACUAUAUUAAAGAAUAUUUUGGAGUCAAAAUAGGACUUUAUUUUGCCUGGCUUGGUUAUUACACUUAUAUGCUGUUAUUGGCGUCCAUAGUUGGAAUUGUUUGCUUUGUAUACUCAUGGAAAACGUUGAGGUUCAAUACCCCAAGUGAAGAGAUAUGUUCAAAACAAAAUAAUAUAAAGAUGUGUCCACUCUGUGAUCAUUGGUGCGAUUAUUGGGAAUUAAGUGAAACAUGUUUGCACUCGCGGGCGACCUAUUUAUUUGACAAUCCUACAACAGUGCUGUUUGCAAUUUUUAUGUCAUUUUGGGCAACUUUGUUCCUGGAGCUUUGGAAACGGUAUUCUGCUGAAAUCACCCACCGAUGGGAUUUGACUGGUUUCGACGUUCACGAGGAACAUCCUCGUCCGCAAUAUUUAGCACGACUGUCUCAUGUUCGGAGGAAAAAAAUCAACGCAGUCACCAAUACAGAAGAACCCCAGGUUCCUUACUGGCGAAUGAAGUUACCUGCAACGAUACUUAGUUUUUCUGUUGUUUUAUUGUUGGUGUGCCUUGCCAUUGUGGCAGUGCUAGCCGUUGUUUUAUACCGAAUGUCAGUGCUAGCAACUUUGAGCGUUUAUGGAGACGAAGUGACUAACUCAGUUGCCAUUCUUUUCACAACUGCCACGGCUGCGACAAUCAACUUGAGUUUGAUAGUUGUAUUUAAUUGGAUGUACACUUACCUCGCCGAAUGGCUCACUGAGCGAGAACUACUCAGGACUCAGACAGAAUUUGACGAUUCACUAACAUUGAAAAUAUAUUUACUACAAUUCGUCAACUACUAUGCAUCAAUUUUCUAUAUAGCAUUUUUCAAAGGAAAGUUCAUCGGAUAUCCUGGAAAUUACAAUAGGUUUUUCAAUUUUCGACAAGAAGAGUGUGGAUUUGGCGGCUGUCUCAUGGAACUUUGCAUUCAACUAGGAAUUAUCAUGAUUGGCAAACAAGCUGUGAAUACUGCGCUUGAAAUGGCAAUUCCAAUAUUUUACAAAUGGCUAAAUUCAUUGAAAGUGCGUAUUGGAAAGCAGCGCAAUCAAUCAUUAAAAAGCAGGGGUCAACGUUUUGUAAAGGAUCUCAAACUAGUGGAAUGGGGAUCACGCGGUUUGUUUCCUGAGUAUUUAGAAAUGGUGUUACAAUACGGAUUUGUUACGAUUUUCGUUGCGGCCUUUCCACUCGCUCCAUUCUUUGCAUUAAUGAACAACAUUUUAGAAAUGCGCCUGGAUGCCAAAAAACUACUGACGUUCUAUCGAAGACCUGUUUCGCAACGGGUACGCGACAUAGGAAUAUGGUAUCGCAUUUUGGAUAGCAUUGGAAAAUUAAGUGUUAUAACAAAUGGCUUUAUUAUAGCAUUUACAUCAGACUUUAUUCCAAAAUUAAUCUACCGACUUACGCUAUCGCCUGAUGGGUCACUCGGCGGCUAUCUGAACUAUACGCUAGCCUAUUUCAAUACCAGUGACUUCCAGAAAGGAAGUGAACCUUUCCAAUCGCAGCACAAUGUGAGCAUAUGUCGAUAUCCUGAUUUUAGAGAGCCACCGUGGGCGAAAAAUCCGUACGAGAAAACAACAAUGUAUUGGUUAAUCAUGGCCGCACGGCUUGCAUUUGUCGUUAUAUUCGAAAAUGUGGUUGCAAUUGUAAUGAUUCUUGUUCGUUGGUGCAUCCCAGAUAUGUCUCAGGAGUUACGGGAUCAAAUUCGCAGAGAAGCUUACAUUACAAAUGAAAUUAUCAUAAAGCAGGAAACGUUGCGUGCCAGAAUGGACCGUGAAGACGAAUUCACACAAAACAAUAGUAACGCCAGAAAUCGGAAGCCCAUGGAAGCAGCCAACAAUUCUUUCGUUCAGUUAGAGCGACUAAUUUCUUCCAACCUGUCCGGAUCUCAACUAGAUCUUUUUAUACACAAUGAACGUGAAGUGGGCAAGAAUAGCAGUGUGUAACACAUACCUUUAAAAAACAAUCUUGCCAAUAAAUCGUGAUGUCCAAAAA